UGCGCUCUUCCGGCGCUCGCCAGGCCCCGCCCUUCGGCCGGACCGGUCGGAAGGAGCGCCUGCGCCCCCGAGGAUCUGAGCCCCUUCCCCAAAGAGUCAGCUAGGAUGGAGAGCAAAGAUCUGGAAGCCGAGAUCCACCCGCUCAAGAACGAUGAGGGCAAAGGUCCCGAGGGCCUGGCCAACUGCACGCAGAAGGAAGUGGCCCCCAAGAAGCUCAAGCGGCUCUCGCAGUGGCGCACAGCAGCCUUCUUCCUCUCCCUCUUCCUGUGCCUCACGGUGGUGUUUGCCUUCUCCUUUAUCAUCCCAUGCCCUGUGAGGCCCAUUUCCCAAAGGAUGUGGAGCAGAACCUACGAGGACGCAGCAACCUACGCGUUCCUGGCCACGCGGGACGUCAACAAGGACCGGGUCCAGGAUGUCCUCUUUGCCUUCAAGGCUGUCAGUGCCGGCAGCAACGGCACAAACAGCUCUUGCUCCAGCCAAGGCUUGACCUCCCCCUGUGCCUUCCUGGCCGCUCAUUCGGGCACCAACGGCAGCACGCUCUGGCAGUGGCCUGUCGCCCAAGAGCUCCUGCUGAUGGACUGCUCCGGGGAGCACGAGCACACCCCAGCCUGCCUCAUUGUAGGGGAGCCAGACAUCCUGGCAGCCAUCGACCUGGAGACAGGCCAGACUCUGUGGUGGGAGGCUGCCAACUUCAGGCCUAAUUCGACAGUGCUGAGUCCGUUGCUGAGGAUCCCAGAUGUCAACGGAGACGGCACUUCUGACCUUUUGGUCUUCACUGAGACGGGAGAGGAGGUUCAAGUCCACUUCUAUUCGGGGAAACACGGCACCCAGAUUGGAUCCAUUGGGACCUUGCAUCUUCCGGGAAGAGUUCAGGGAAGAGUCAGCCACCUCAUGCAAGUCACUCCGACGGGCUCCCACUAUGUGCUCCUGUACACAGCAAAGACCCUUUACGCCUACUCUCUGAAAGCGCUAUGCCACAUGGCGUUCAACCCUCCUGCCCACAGCAGCCCUGGUCUGACACAAGAUCCACUCUGGGAGAUGGCGAUUGACGGCGCUACACACCAAAUCACUUUGCUCAGCACGGGAGAAAUCCGCUACUUGACAAAGAUGCCUGUGAGUUCGAGCGCCGAUUUUCUGGUUUCAAGAUCGAACAUGAUUGAGCUGGUGGACGGGCAGCGCUUAGGCUCGAUGUGGGUCACAGAGACACCCCACAUCCUCAGCGAACCCGUGAUUGGAUCCUACAGGUCAGACGAGGUCGACGUUCUCAUUGUGAGCAGAGACUCUUCCAGGAAGAAGGUCAUGGUCGUGGAAGGCACCUCUGGAAACAUCGAGUGGGAGGCUGACCUGCAGCUGCUCUUGGGCACUGACAGCCCGCGGCCGGCCACCCUGUCCACCGCCGACCGCAGAUCGGUCUUCCUCUUCUGGGGCCUGUACCAGAGGGACGCAAAUGGAACAGGGUCCUGGGACGGCGCCCAGCAGCAACUGUACCUGUUCCACCCCGCCUUGCCCAACGUCCUCCUGGAGACGAGCAACGGCACAGAGCACAUCGUGGCCUUUGAGGGGGUGCUCUUUGAGCGGAGCCGCCACGCCUGCUACGUGCUCCUGACGGGGCCCCAGGUAGGGCAGGCUCCUGGGCAGGUGACGCUGUCGAAGCGGAAGCUGAAGGAGGCCAUCGCCAGCAGCCGCGUGAUCUGGCUCAACCAGGUGGCGCAGGACAGCGAGCAGAGCGUCCGGGAGCGCUUCCUUCGGUUGAGGUACCACAGCCCCCGGUGAGCGCCGGCAGGGCUGGGGUGCAGGGAGAGGACGACCCCGGAGGACCCGAGGCCGGCAGAGAGAAGAGCCGCCACCAGGCUGACGAUGGGCAGGGCUGGCAUGGCGGGAGGGGGCAGAGGCGGUCUCCCCCGCACCCAGGGCACUUUCUCCGAGGGAUUCCUGCAGCAAAUGCCCCCUCUGCCUGUCCUUGUGGAGGCCUGGAUUGGGGGGCAAGCAAGCAUGUGGCCCCUUGAUUGGCACUGGAAGGCUCCUCCACCAAUGGACUCUCCUGGGGGGAGGAGAGGGCUCGGCACCCCCUACCUCACCGGGGUUGAUGUCAGCAGCCCCCACUCCCUUGGCUGCCCAGCUCCUCCCUCCCUCUGCUGCCUCCACAGGCAGGGAGCCAGGGCCAGUCACUUGGGGGUGGGGGCCUUGAGAGGUCUGUGGGACCCUGGCCUGCAGCGCUCAGGGACAGCAGCCUGGGAGGCAGCGGUGGGGCUCUCCCUCCCCUCUUCCCCAGGUGCCUGCCUUACCACCCUGCCGGCCUUGGCUUAAGGCCCCACCUGGUGCAGAGAGGAGGAAGAAGGGUGGCUGCUUUGCAAGGGGAAGGGCCCGAGACCCGCCCCCCACAGCCUCCUUUGCCCAGGCAGCCCACCCCCCACCGCUAGGACUGGAGCCAAUGGGGCUGCUUUUCCGCCUCCGGGGAUUUCUCGAAGGUUUUCCCUUUGGACUUUGAUGGUGGAGGUUUCGCACGCAGGGCCACUUCUUGUGCCUGAGGAGGCAGGGACUUGGCCAGCUUGCUGCUGCUGCUGCUACUGUGGUUUCAAUAAAUUCUGGUUCCUUGUCCACAA